UGUGUGUGUUUUGGGUAAGAAGAAGAAAAAAGUUGCCAGCGUGUCACUCGCCUGCAGGGCGGAGAGUCGCAGCUCACCUGUUGCCACGUUGGGCCCUGGUGGACUGUGGCCAGGAACAGGUGGAUUCAGGUGUUUGCAGAGAGGCGCGGCGUGUUUGUUCACUCUCACCGCCUCUUUGCUCUCUCCGCUCGCCCCUCCUGUGGGACUGUCUCCUAAAGAGACGGAGCAGCAGGAGGAGGUGGAGGAGCAGGGUUGGCUGGAUCGGCAGCUGCUAUGACACUUGGAGAGACGCGCAAACCGCCUUAAAGUCGUCACCCUUCUUCAAAUAUGCGGUUUUUACGUCGCCGGAUGUCUCCUCUGAAACUGGUUCUCCUUGGCGGCACGCUUUUCAUGGUGAUCCUGGUGGUUCUUCAAAGGGACGUGGGCUCCUCAUCCGCCGGGGACCCCUGGCUACAGGACCUAGUCCACAAAAGGGACAAGGUGAUGGUCAUGGUCCGACACGCCGUGAACAACUUCGGCUUCCAGAUCGGAGCUCCGCAGCCUCCGCCGGUUCAGGAGCAGCCCACGCAGGACCCCAAAUGCCCCGCCGGGUUUUACACUCAAGCCGAGCUCAGGCCUCACCUGGAGAGACCGCCUCAGGACCCGCACGGCUUCGGCGCCGAUGGGAAGGCGUUUCAGAAAGAGGGCCUGACUCCCGCGGAGGAGAAGGAGAAGGAGGAGGGCAUGACCCGCCAUUGCUUCAACCAGUUUGCCAGCGACCGCAUCUCGCUCAGCCGCAGCCUCGGCGAUGACACCAGGCCUCCGGAGUGCGUUGACAGGAAAUUCCCUCGCUGCCCUCCCCUGCCCACCACCAGCGUCAUCAUCGUCUUCCACAACGAGGCCUGGUCCACGCUCCUCAGGACGGUCUACAGCGUCCUGCACUCCUCUCCCGCCGUCCUGCUGAAGGAGAUCAUCUUGGUUGACGACGCCAGCGCCGCAGAGCACCUCAAGAGUAAACUGGAGGAGUUCGUCCUGCAGCUGAAGAUCGUCCGUGUGGUCAGGCAGCCGGAGAGGAAGGGUCUCAUCACAGCCAGGCUGCUGGGGGCCAGUAUAGCUCAGGGUGAAGUGCUCACCUUCCUCGAUGCCCACUGUGAGUGCUUCCACGGUUGGCUCGAGCCCCUCUUGGCCCGCAUCGUUGAGGAGCCCACGGCUGUCGUCAGUCCAGAGAUCACCACCAUAGACCUGAACAGCUUCCAGUUCCACAAGCCCGUGCCCACCAACCGAGCUUACAACCGAGGGAACUUCGACUGGAGCCUGACGUUUGGCUGGGAGCCGAUACCCGAGGAGGCAAAGAGGCUGCGCAAGGAUGAAACCUACCCUGUAAAAACGCCUACUUUUGCCGGUGGCCUUUUCGCGAUCUCGAAGGAGUACUUUGAGCACAUUGGGACGUACGACGACAAGAUGGAGAUCUGGGGUGGGGAAAACGUGGAGAUGUCUUUCAGGGUCUGGCAGUGCGGGGGUCAGCUAGAGAUCAUCCCGUGUUCUGUGGUGGGCCAUGUUUUCCGCACCAAAAGCCCGCAUACGUUCCCUAAAGGCACCGAGGUCAUCACUCGCAACCAGGUGCGCCUGGCCGAAGUCUGGAUGGAUGAUUAUAAGAAGAUCUACUACCGUCGCAACAAAAACGCRGCAGUGAUGGCCAGUGAGAAYAAGUUUGGAGACGUUUCUGAUCGUCUGAAACUGAGGGAGAGGCUUCACUGUAAGAACUUCACCUGGUACCUGAACAACAUCUACCCAGAGAUCUUCAUUCCAGACUUAACGCCGGAAAAAUUUGGAGCACUUAAAAACUCUGGAUCCAACACCUGCCUGGAUGUGGGAGAGAACAACCAGGGAGGCAAACCUCUUAUCAUGUACACGUGCCACAACAUGGGAGGCAACCAGUACUUCGAGUACACGUCUCAUAAAGAGCUACGGCACAACAUUGGAAAGCAGCUGUGUCUUCAUGCGAACAACCAACCAGAUGUGGUGAAGCUUGAGCUGUGCCAGCUGAAGGGCAAGGGUACGGUUUUAUCUCCACAAGAAGAGUGGAUCUUUACGGAGGAAAAUCUUUUGAAGAAUCCAAGCAGCGGGCAAUGCUUACAGCUGAAAGGCGAUCGGGUUCAUAUGGACCACUGCAAUCCUGCAGAUCUCUACCAGCGCUGGACCUUCAGCUGAUCUCCCAGUCUGCCCACUAGGUGACCUCUGGCACCUUGUGCCCUCCUCUUCCUCAGACUUUGGAGCUCAGAGCCAAAUCAACACUAAUGGAAGAGGAUCUGCUGCAGAGCGUUGGACAUAUGGUCACAGCGAUGACCAGUAAAGAUGGAGGACAAAGUAAAGACAUUAACAUAUGUUUAGAAAAACAAAACUUGAGCCGGGUUGGUUUUAACUAUUUUAAGUUUAUUUGUGAAGGAAACUCAGGAACGUAUUUUUCCAGUGGUUGGGAAUCUUCAGGUAUGUGCGGACUUUGGAUUUAGGAGUGGAAACUUGACAAAGGCUGUGCUACUGCCGUUAUCUUAACACACUUGUUUUACACUCCAACGUGGAAAAUUACCAUUAACGGGAUUAUUGUUAUUAUUUUUAAUCUGACAGUGAAUGUUGAAUUUUGUCAAGAGCAAGAUAUGUCUGUGUUUUUAAAGAAAACAAUGUUUUUUAAAUAAAAUAAUCUUUAUCUUUUGUAAAUGAA